AUGACGGAUGCUUGGACCGAUAGAAAGAGAAGAAAUGUAAUGAAUUUGUGUCUGAAUUCAAGUUUAGGCACCGUUUUCCUUUCUUCUAAAGAAUGUUCACUUGAUUCACACACAAGUGAAUAUACUUAUGAGUUUGUUGAGCAUGACAUUCAACAAGUUAGAGUAAAAAAUGUUGUUCAAGUUGUCACGGAUAAUGCCUCAAACAACAUGGGAGCUUCAAAGUUGUUGAAAGAGAAGAGACCAACAAUCUUUUGGACUUGUUGUGCCACUCACACUAUAAAUUUAAUGCUUCAAAGCAUUGCAAGUCCCCCAACAUACAAGAAAGUUCUUGAUCAAGCAAAGAUAGCUAAAGGGAAGGUAGCAUACUCAUUCAUAUUGAGUAUGGGAUUUUGGCAAGGUGUGACGGAAUGUUUGAAGGUGUUUGCACUGUUGGUGUUGGUGAGAGUAUUUCAGCUUGUUGAUUGUGAUACGAAGCCAUCAAUGGGUUUUGUAUAUGGUGAAAUUAUGAAAACAAAAGAGGAAAUCAAACAUGCUUUGUCCGAUGUCUCAAGGAACUACAAACCAAUUAUAGAAAUUAUUGAAGCAAAAAUGAAAGAUAGGAUUCACACUCCUCGUGAUGGAUAUUUGUUAAAUCCUUAUUACCAUUACAAGGAUCCACAACUUCAUUUAGAUAAAGUUGUAAGUGAUGUUGUUGAUUUUGGUGACACUCUAUUCUUUAAUGACAGUGAGAUGCAAAAUAAGAUGUUAAGUGAAGAAUUGUCGAAAUAUAAGAGGAAGGAAGGAAUGUUUGGAAGAAAUAUAGAGAUCAAACGAUAUGAGGUGAAUGAUGACAACUUUCAAAUAAAAUUUUCAAAUCUUUAA